GCGUGAGCGCGGCAGGUCCUUGCGUUGCCCCUGGAAACCGUGCCGCGCUGCCUUGGCUGGAGUGGGGAAGAAAAACGUAACCAUUCAAGAUGGCGAAAGAGCUGGACGAGCUCUUGGAUGAGGUCGAGUCCAAGUUUUGCAAACCAGACCCACUGGGCAUGAUCGAGCGGCCCAGGGGCUGCAGCGGCGGCGACAUCCUCAGUAACGACCGGAACAGAGACAAGGCGAAAGAAAAUCUCAGAUCAACAGAAACAUAUGAAAAAGAAGAUGAUCUUGAUGGUCUUAUUAAUGAAAUAUUUGAAGAGCCCAACUUUGACAAAAAACCCUUUAAAUUAAAACCUAAAUCUCCAGGUAACACAUCUGUCAGAGCUUCCAUUCAAGGCCUUGGUAAAAGCUGCAGCCCCGUGUACCUUGGUGGAAGUGCUGCUCCAUGUGGGAUUGGAACAAAUACUUCACAGAGAGCAUGUGACCAUCUGCGUUGUGUAGCGUGUGACUUCUGGGUAGUAAGCUACGAUGACUCAGUGUGGGACAAAUCAUGCGAUUAUCUGUUUUUCAGGAACAACAUGCCAGAAUUCCACAAAUUAAAAACAAAGUUGGUAAAGAAGAAAGGAACACGGGCAUAUGCCUGCCAGUGUAGCUGGAGAACUGUUGAGGAGCUCACUGACCUUCAGACUGAUCAUCAGCUUCGUUGGGUUUGCGGUAAACAUUAAGAAUGCAGACUUUUCACAUUCAGCCAAAUGCAUCCGUGAGAGCAGUCUCCAUUACUCAUCAUAAUAUUUAGGUAAAGGUACACAGCAGUAUCAUGCCCUGUGGAAAAAGACAGGAAACUUCAUUUAAUGACUACAAAUUUUCAAAGACCAAAUGGACUUGGGAAAAUAAUGUGCUUUAACAUUUUGAAACUACUUCUUUUUGAUGUAUGGACAUUUCACUUAGUAAGGUAACAAAUUAUACAAAUACCUUAGUAAGGUGUCCAAAUUCUUCCUUGCUAGCCUAUCUUUUGUUAAAUGGAAGUUCAGUUAUGGAAUUUCACACAGACAUACAGCCAUUCAUUAGCAACUGCAGUAUUACUGACUGCUAAUACACUUUACAUGAACAUUCCUCUUGAUAGCAUUUAAAGGGGAUAAAGCAGCCAGUGCAGAGGGGUCUUUGAGGAGUUAUACAACUCCUUCAUUCAGAGCUCUUGUUGCCAAAGAUCAUAAUUUAGACAUGGCAGAAACCAUGUGAUCAAUGGCUAACUGAAGGGCUUUCAGGAGUACAAGUAAUAUGGUAAAUGAAAACACUGCCUAUAUUUGAUCUUUCCUCGCCCACUCAAAGUGAUAUUAUGCAUAAUAGAAUAUGUAUUACCAGUUUUAGAUCAUUUCUCCUCCUCUUGUUCAGUUAGAUAUCAAAAGUAUUUGGUAAAUAUCCAUUUAUAUAUAAAAAAUUUAGAUGCACCAAAAUCUCAAGGAAAAAUCCUAAUACAAACAUGUCAUUGUUGGAUUUUCCAGGUACUUUCUAACCUUUAAUGCCUAAAACUCCAUCAAGUAAAGUGCACAACAAGUAAGGUAUUUUCUCAGGCAACCUGUUAAUUUUUCUGGCAGGAUCAGGUUGACAUAUUGUUUAUUAGACAAGUGCAUUUUAAUGAAAUAAAGCAUAGCUGAACCAGCAGGUAGCCUGUUGGGCUCCUUGACAUCACUGAGACUUGAGCCCUGCAGUAGCACAUUCAGGAAAUCAGUUACCUCCAAACUGCCAGCUCUCAGCCCCACUGAGAGUCUGGGGUUUUCCAAUCCACCAAAAGCUCUUUAGCACAUGUGUCUAAUAUAUAGUUCAAAUGUGUGGCACAAGGCAUGCUGGAAGGGAGUAACUGGAGCAAAGUUAUGAUCUUCUUAAACUUACCUGAAUCCAUACCAGCCACCCUGCUUAGGCAAAGAAGAAAGAACUAGUCAUUACAAUCCCUUUACCAACCAUGACACCUCUGCAUAUGUGUAAUACUUACCUCUAGUAAGUCUCCCAAUGCAACAGAACAAAUCUCACAGUGGCAGAUGCUCCUUUUUGUAUUAAGAAUAUGUUUAUGAUCUUUCAAUACAAAUUAUUUUACUCCCUAAAGUUUUAUUGCAGUAUAAUUGUAUCAGAAACAUAGAGGGAUUUGAAGUCCCCUGUUCCAAAAAAUAGAGCAAUAAGCACAUUCAGAACCCCAUGGAAUUUGGCACAUUAGUCAUAAUGGUAAUGUUUUCUCUUGUAUUAAUUUAUCAUAACUGUCUUAGCUUGGAUACAUUGCCCAUGUUUGGCAUUCCAUAAUAUAAUAAUUAUAAUAAUUCCCCAAAGUCAGAAAUGUAUACAUGAGUUCACAUUUUUUGGCAAUUUACUUUAUAAGCUUUUUAAUGCUGUACAACUUUUAAUCUAAAAUAUAGAAAGAACAUUAUGUUCAAAUAUAAAUAGAUAAAUUGUUACCAGUUGUAAUUUAAACCAAAAUACAAUUAUUUUAGUAGUAGAAGAAAAGCAUAGUUUCUACUGCACUAUACUUUUUAAAUACAAAGUCAAUAAAACUUUCAAGAUGUUCCGCCUAUUUUCACCAUUGGUAAGUUUCUACUUUAGCAAGUAUCUACUUUUUGUCAAGCUAAGUAGCUACUUUCUUUGAACUCUGUUAUACUCUUAGACCCUUAUCCUACCUAGAAAUGAACAAAUAAUAAACAGCUUUACUCUGUA